CGAACAGCAUUUUAAUUCAUGGCGAAAGUGUCAAGUUAUUGUUCUGGUUAUCAGUCUAUCCACAUCGUGAUAUCAUCCUAAAUGUUUUUGCAGUAUUGAUCCAAGAAUCAAUCUAGAAUUUACCUUUUGCUGCAUUCGUCUAUGAUAGUAUCAGAAAAUGCAUAUUGACUGGCCGAUUUGAGCAGAGGAUGCACUCGUUGUAAACGCGUUUGAAAGGGUGAACAAAUAUGGCUGCUCUUCGCAGGACGCUGCUGCUCUGCAGACAUCGCCCGAGUGGGUGCCUAGCCACGAGAGGUUUUACUGAUUAUGUAGUAACGGACUCCUCACUCAUGGAAGUGCUGAAGAAAGGUGAGCACAAGGAGGUGCCCAAGCAGGAGCUCUGGAAGGAGCUGUCGCCGAUCACGACAUCGCUGGGCGUCGACGGCAUUCUGUCGUUGCCCGUGGAGCCCCUGGGGCAGCUGCUGUCCUUCGCUGAGCUAAACAAAGACUGCCGAGGAGCCAUGAGACAGCUGAUUGCUCGGCCAGAGUGUUGGGUGGCUGAUGAGAACCUGGAAGGUGCCAUCCGUCUCUUUAGCACCCUGUACCAGGCUGGGUACAUGGAGGACAGUAUUGUGGAGCAUUUUGCCGAGCGGCUCAUGAAUGAGCAUAGCUCCCUGGAUGUCAACGUAAUAGGCUACUACUCCAGAAUGUUGUAUGAUGGACGCGUGGAUAGGGUGCUCUUUAACCCCUGGCCAUGGAUCUUUGAGUGCCUGAAGACGAACGAUUUAGGGCGCAGCUUCGUUUCAUUGUUCUCAUACACCUUAGUGUCUAAACAGUUUACACGUGAACUUGCAGAGCGUUUAGUAUGUGAGCUGCAACCGGAGAACAUGCCUGCCGAUAUGCUUCCUCUGUUCCUUCACCAAUUCAGCCAGCUCGCCAGGUUCGGAGGCUACUGGCGCUUGCUCGAGCCGAUGCUGGAGAAAGCGUUUCCGAUCGUGGAGCAGUGUGUGACGACACAGACUCUGCACAGCAACGACUGUGCCUGGCUAAUCCAGUCACUCUGUAAUACUCGGCCGCCCGUAAAGUGGCUGGACACUCUCAUGCCGUACAUCCUCGGCAACAUUUCGGAGCUCAACGCAAGCUCCGCGUGCUCCGUUAUCUAUACACUUGGGAAGGGUAUAGGCAAGGACGACGCCGACAGGCAUUACAUAUCGUACGCACGGAGGCUGCUGGACGCCUACUCUACGAUCGACGUGACCGGCAAGUUCUCCGCCGCCGACAUGAGUUUCUUCUGCAACGGCCUGAGCAUGCUACAGGUGCGGCAUGCACCCUGGCUGCACGAAAUGGCCACCAAGCUGAUCGAGAACAAGAAGACCCUGUGCAGAAUGUCUGGUGUGGAGCUGUGCCAUGUGCUGGAGGGUAUGACGUCAGUGAACUUCCGGCACACGGGUCUGUUGGACACAACUGCAGAACUGCUCCAGUCCAAGGAGAUAGAAUUCGACUCCUGGCGCUUUGCGGACUGCCUGGGAGUUGCCUGUGCCUUGCUGCAUUCCAAGACCUGGUCUGGUCGACUGCUGGAGCGUGUUUUCUCGGCAUCAGACGAGGAUAUCUGGCGGCUGUCUCGGUACAGCUUCACCAACCUUGUGCUGCUCUGCUCACUGGUCAGCGCAAGGCAGGAUAUCAAAGUAACGGGCCUGAAUGAAAUGAUGAAGGGACCGAUCGACGCUCGCUCCAAGAAAGAUUUCGUCCGAUCCCAGGGACAAGUGAGAAACCGCAAGAGAGAGGACCGGCUGCUCAACUUGGUGGAGUCACUGCUGCCGCAUCACUCGUUCUUGGCUCGCUUCACUCGUGUCUCUGGUCAGAUUCCCGUCCACGGUGCUCUGCUGAUCGAUGAGAAUCAGUGGCCAGUGAGCUGGAACGAUGCGCCGCUGCAGCCCACUGCCGUCUCACCUACCAGCCUCGUCUCGUUCCACCACAAGGCCAUUGCCAUUGUGCUGCUGAACAGCUGUGACACGUUGGGCGAUGCGCUAGCCACGCCGUGCGGCAGCGUCCUGCUCAAGAUUGCCGCGCUGAAGGCGGCCGGCUGGUGGGUGAUCACUCUGCCCAUCGAAGGCCUUGACGUGGCACACGGCUCCAGCACCAUCUUCCGCGUGCGAGAAGAGCUGACGCAGGCCGGUAUGCAGCUACCUACACAGCAGAACUUCUCCUUACCUGCAAAGAGCCUGGACGAGAAUGCUGCUGACAAGAAACCUGCAGCUAGUGGGGUCAGCAAUCAGGAGCAGAUGGUCGCGAAUGAGGCCAGCAUGGGUCAGGAACGUAUAAAGAUAGCGCCAGAAAGAACUAACGUCAGCCGUUUCAAGUAAUUACAAGUAGUUGCGGCUGGUAAGUGGCAGCUCUAUCGCUGCCGCUGUUGUUGUUGUUGUUGUUGUUGUUGUUGUUGUAGUUGUUGUAGUCGUCAUCGUCGUUGCGCUAGAGGGUGCUGGCACACCCUAGCACGAAGACAGAUAGAAUAGCAGAAUAGCAGUCUACUAGUACAUGAUGUUGACUGGCAGCGUGUGCAGGGACUACAGUUGUAGUUAUCUGUACAUGUGUAGACCUUUUCUAAGACUUGAUCACUUCUCCCUGGAGGAUGAAGUUACACUGAUACAUUAGCUGUACAUCUCCAAUCUAGCAAUGGACAGCACAGUUCAUGAAUAACCAGCUCCAUGCGAUGAAUUACAGGUCUACUCUCCA